AUGGAUAUUGAAUCGAUUGGUCUUAAUGACUUUACUGGGAAGAAUAGAAUUACGGAAAUAUCAUUUGUUGCUCUCAGUUGUGAUUCAUUCCUUCAUGAUUGGGAGAAGAGGACAAUUCCUCGUGUUCUUAACACAAUGACCCUUUGCUUUAACCCUGGCCGUGUCAUUCCUGCCAAUGUAAGCGAAUUAACUGGACUUUACAACGACGAGUUAGAACCAAUUCGUACUUUUGGAAAACUUUCUGUGGACCUUAUCUGUGAUUUUCUGAACCAUAUUGGAGGACAGUCCGUUCUGAUCGCACACAAUGGGCAGAGAUUCGACUUUCCUCUUCUAAUGGCUAAGAUCUCAGAGAUUAAUCCUUCCGCGUUUUCCUCUGAUUUGCUCUCAGCGGAUACAGUCGACAUAUUUCGUGCUCUAUUUCGGGAAAAAGGAAUUCUUGACACGAAUGACUUAUUGAGGAAGGAUUCUCCAGGCGAUUCUUUCUCCACUCCCAAAAAGAGAGCGCUGCCUCCGCAUAUUCCUACCGUAAAACCAUCUGCCCGUCCAGGACUUUUGACCGCUGGGGUAAUCAGCGGCAGUCGGAGGAAAUUGGAUUUUACUUUGGACAGUUCUUAUCAUCCAACAAAGCAAAGUUAUAUGAGAGAACCGUCUUUUUCUCUUGUGGAAAUACAUAGAAGAUUUUUUGGUGAUAUCCCAAAGGAGUCUCACCGUUCGAUGGACGACUGCUUGACCCUAAUUCGGUGUGCCCGUUGUGUGGCCCCUCAUUUCCUAACCUACCUUCACAACUUUACUCUACCCAUCAAUACUUUUAUUCCCUCAAUAUUUAAAUAG